UGUUCAAAGCAGAGAGACGGCAAACCGUUGCUACGUUUAUUAUUUUGUCAGUCAUCGAAAGAGAAUUUGUUUAACUACAGUAUUCACUUCCGCAUUAAAACGCUCCCGAAACUUUGCCUAUAUAAGACCAGUGUUGGGGAGUCUCGGGGAACACCUCUUGAUGUGACAGAAGCUGUAUAGCUUUAUUUUAAUAAAAAUAUUUGGGUUUACAGGAUAAAAAGUAAUUAGUAAUAUCACUCUUUGUACUUGACACUAACUUUACGUUUUCUAUGUAACAACUUUAAACAAAGACUGGAUUAUGUGUAACCGACUUGACAGUAAGAACUUCCUGAAGAUCGGAAAGCAGCGCCUCCACUUUCACUUUCAGUUCGGACGAUCAUAAAGUGGCUAAACGGUCUGUAAGGACAGAAAAGCAUGUCUGUGAUGUUUUCAUAUUCUGGGGUUACAGGUAGCCUAUGAUCAUACCUUAGUGGGGGAGCAAUGACAUUCAGGAUAUAUUUUAGCUAUUGUCUGCAGGGUUCUGAUUGUGGCUGUUGGCUUUGAGACAACACUGAGAACCACAAUGACUGCUCACCAGUUGAUCCUAAAACAACGAGCAGAGCUUCUGGCGGUCCUGUGUGGUGGAGGCAAUGCCGAACCUCUGGACUGUGUUCUGGAUCUGCUCUUGGCUUGUGAGGUUCUUGUCUGGGAGGAUUACCUAAGCAUACGAGUGGCGGAGAAACCUCUAUGUUCCAAUGUCAGGCACCUAUUAGAUGUGGUGUAUGAUAAAGGAGAAGAUGCUUGCAGCCUUUUCUUGGCUGCGAUGAACCAGGUCGUACCUGAGGAGCAGAAGGCUGGCCUGUGUUUUGGGAAAGAAUGUGCUGUGGUAGAGAAGAACAGACCAGACACUGCAACUUUAACGCUACUGGCUGACAGGCCAGUGUUAGUGAGAAAGCUCAGAGAUAAUAUUGACGGAGCACUGAAUGCUUUAUUGACAACUGGCUGCUUCACCAUUAAAGAUUGUGAUGCGGUGCAACUACCUGUAUACACACCCUCACAACAGGUUCGGCGGCUGUUAGACCAAGUGAGGUUUAAAGGGGAAACUGCUGCAAAGACCUUACUACAGUAUCUAGAACAAACGGAGACAACCAGACCAAACCCUGAAGAUAAAGAAAAUCAUCUUUCUGCCAAUUGUCUGCUCUACCAGAAGAAGCUGCGAAGCUCUGUUGCUGCCCAGUCCCAUUCCCUUAGCACCUAUGGUGGGACAGGACGUUUCUCCUUGGAUGACAUUUACACCGACGGUCUGCUUGAAGUGAUCGAUGGCUCUGGAGAAACUCUUACGCUAGGGCUGGAGGAUGUGGUGGGUCCCUUGGGGACUCUUAAUGAGGAGGCUGACACCGUUCUUGUGUCUGGGGAGGCAGGAAGUGGCAAAAGCACACUGCUUCAGCGACUGCACUUGCUCUGGGCAAGAGAAGCUUUGCUCACAAACACUUUCCUGCUGUUUCCCUUCAGUUGCCGCAAGCUAAACGCAGAACAGAGAGAACUGUCUCUGAAGGAGCUCCUCUUCCUGCACUGCUGCUGGCCUGAUCGAGGUCAGGAUGAGGUUUUCCAGUUUAUCCUAGACCAUCCUAAUUUGGCUCUCUUUACCUUUGACGGGCUCGAUGAGUUUAAACAGGGGUUCACAGAUGAAGAACGCCACUGCUGCCCCACAAAGCAAGUGCCUAUACCUGUUCUGCUUUUCAAUCUGCUGCAGGGUACGCUAAUGAAGGGAGUUAUGAAGGUGGCCACUAGCAGGCCACAGGCUGUAGGCCCAUCACUGAAGCGCUAUCUCCGCAAAGAAGUGCUCCUGAAGGGUUUUUCUCCUGGAGGGAUUGACUGCUUUGUUAAGAAGCAUCACAGUGACCCUGCUAUGGCUAGACGUGUAAUAGAGUCCCUCCAGGCUAACACAGUGUUAUUAAGUCUUUGCCACAUCCCAGUCUUCUGCUGGAUUGUGACCAAGUGCCACCAGGAGCUUCUAGGUGGUCAAGACGUUAUUACCCAGACGAUCACUGAUGUCUACCUCCUGGUUUUACAGCAUUUCUUUCAGCGAAAGUCACCUCAGUCCCAAGGAGUUCUGGGAAAGGCCUGGUUGGAGGAACAUUUGGACACAGUUUUAAAACUUGGACAGCUGGCACUGGAAGGUCUUGAAGCCUCUUGUUAUGUGUUCUCAGGAUAUGAGCUCCAAAGAAAUGGACUGACAGAAAAGGAAGUCAGCCUGGGUUUUCUCAUUUACUGCAAUGACCUAUCUGUUACAGACUGUAAACGCUAUGAAUUUCUGCACAUCACCUUACAAUGCUUCUUCGCUGCUCUCUAUGUCGUUCUCAAUCGUAACAUCGAUCGUUCUGCUGUCUCCAGACUCUUUCAUCCCCAGUACAGGCAGUUGUCAGGUCUGUCUCAAAGAUGUCUGGGACAUUGUAUUGACAGUUCUGUAGAGGAGCUGGAAUCCCAUGUGGCAGAGACACCAAACCUCCAGAUUACAGCUCAGUUUGUGUCAGGACUUUUAUCCCAGCGGCACCAUGAUCUCUUGCUAGAAUGCUGUCCUAUUGCUGUGCGGGAACGCAAGGUAAAGCAGGUAGUGAAGUCUUUGUCUAAAGGUAUGCAGAGGCAUUUCAAGUCCAUUCCUCGUCCUGUAGAGGGUGAAAAGAAGAGCAUGCACGCCAUGCCAAGUUUUGUUUGGCUAAUUAAGUGCAUCUAUGAAAUGCAAGACAACAGUAUUGCUCAAGAUACCAUGGCUAAGUUGGAUGUUGAGCACCUGAAGCUCACCUACUGUAACAUUGGUCCUGUGGAAUGUACUGCGCUGGCGUAUGUGCUGAAGUACCUGCGGAAUCCUGUUGGGCUCCAGUUGGACAACAAUUCAGUGGGAGAUGUGGGCGCGGAGCAGCUUCUUCCAUGUCUACAUAUUUGUCACUCCCUUUAUUUAAGGAACAAUAACAUAUCAGAUGAAGGAAUCCGGAAACUUCUGGAAAAGGGAAUGAAGUGUGAAAACUUCCAAAAAAUAGCGCUUUUCAACAACAACCUCACAGAUGCUUGCACCCAACACUUUGCUUUGCUGUUAAAAUCAAAGCAGAACUUUCUGUCUUUGAGGCUUGGAAACAAUAACAUCACGUCGCAGGGAGCAGAACAGCUGGCAGAAGGCCUAAGCUACAACCAGUCUUUGCAGUUUCUUGGAUUAUGGGGUAAUAAAAUUGGGGAUAGGGGAGCUGAGGCAUUGGCAGCUGCACUGAAAAAUAGCACAACGCUAAUAUGGCUAAGUCUGGUGGAUAAUGGCGUGGGCAGUGCAGGUGCAUGCGCUCUGGCUAAACUCAUCAGUCAGGGCAAAACUCUGGAGCAAUUGUGGCUAAACAAAAACUGUAUCAACAGAGAGGGGGUUGAGUGUCUAAUAGAGGCACUGAAAAUGAACUCUAGUGUUCAGGAAGUGUGGCUGAGAGGAAACAAUCUGAGCCCAGAGGAAGAGGAGGAGCUGAGCAAGCAAGAAAGCAGAUUGAUCUUCUGAGAGCAAGAUGGCUCUGUAAUGUCUGCCUUCAAACUCCCAAAUGCAAAGCUCAUAAUUUUUCCUUAAAACAUUUAACUGAGGCAGACACAUGCAGGAAUCCAUGGCUUAACUAGUCAAAACGGCCUGUCUUGUAGCUAAAAUGUUUAUAUGGGGUUGAGGUAUAUCUUAAAAGCUAAAUAUCUACGAUACCAAUCAGGGCAACAUUUCCCAAAAGCAUUAUAAGCCUAAGUUGGUCAUAGAUCCAUGGGGCUGGACAAUGACUGUCUGAGAUCCUGUGCUAGCAUUGUGUCUUGAAUAUGUCCUAUAUUGCUCCAUUGAGAUAAAAUUACUGUAACAGAAAGAAGAAAACCACACAAAAUGAAUACGUAACAUUCAACCUGUCAAGCCACGGUACACAAACUGAACUUCUAAGAGUGGGACAAGUAGCACUCAAGAUUUUUUGGCACUAUCCCUGAGCACUUUUUUCAGUUUACAUUUAUUGUACAUAGUUGUUUUAAUAUGUGAGUUUUUAUUUUCUAUUGUACUGUAUAUGCAUAAUUCAUUUAAGGUCUGUUACUUGCAUCAU